AUGGAAGUGAAAUUCAAAACCCUAGAAAUUGUUGAGAAAAUCCCUAAAUCCGGUGUGUUUUAUCUUAACCUUAAUCGGCCCGCACAGCGCAACGCUCUCACGCAUGAUUUCUUCUCUGAAUUCCCCAAAGCUCUCUAUGCACUCGACCACAACCCUGAUGUCAACGUUAUCGUUUUGUCCGGCGCCGGCAAACACUUCUGCUCCGGCAUCGAUCUUUCCCUUUUGAAAUCUACCGCCGGGGAAUUGUCCGGGGAGAGUCUCCGUCGACAGAUCUUGGUGAUGCAGGAUUCGAUUACAGCUCUGGAACGAUGCCGUAAGCCUGUGAUUGCAAGUAUACACGGAGGCUGUAUCGGCGGUGGAAUCGACAUCAUAACCGCGUGUGACAUAAGGGUUUGUACAGAGGAUGCGUUUUUCUCGGUGAAAGAAGUGGAUUUGGCUUUGGCGGCUGAUCUGGGAUCACUUCAAAGACUGCCGAGUAUUGUUGGUUUCGGCAACGCGAUGGAGUUGGCUUUGACGGCCAGAAGGUUCUCCGGUUUGGAGGCAAAAGAGUUGGGUCUGGUUUCUCGUGUUUUUGGCUCGCAACAUGAGCUGGAUGAAGGCGUUAGGGAACUUGGCCAGGGAAUUGCUAGCAAGUCACCAGUUGCAGUUGUUGGGACAAAGACUGUGUUGCUGAAAAGCAGGGAUUUGACAGUAGAUCAAGGAUUGGAUUUUGUUGCAACUUUAAAUUCUGCAAGAUUGUUAUCCAGUGAUUUAAUUGAAGCAGUUGCGGCAGUGAAAGAGAAACGAAGGCCAGUUUAUUCUAAGCUCUAA